CGCGGCAUAUGGGAUCUUCCCUGAUGAGGGAUCGAACCCGUGUGCCCUGCACUGGCAGGUGGAGUCUUAUCCACUGCAGCACCAGGGAAGUCCCUGCUUUACAACUUCUAACUUAUGCCUCAUAUUAGGAAAGUACUCAGCUGCAAGUAACAGAAAACCAAUUAGCAGUGAAAAACAAGAUAUCUGGAAGUGCUGUUCAUUCUGCUGCUGAUAUUAUAAUAAUAAAGCAUCAAUUAUCUAGGUUCUCUGCUUUAUCAUUCUUAGCAUAUUUUGUUUGUAGCCUCAUGCCACUGCUCUAGGCAUUAUAUCCAUGUAUAAAUCAGGAAGGAGGAGGAAGUGGUGGCAUAAAUGAUACUUUUUUCUUUCAUUAAAAAAGUAAAAUCUAAAAAGUCUAGCAGACUUCCACUUCUGUCCCAUUGGCCAAGGGAGACUGAUAAAUUUUCUGAUAAGGGAAAUCAGAAUGCACAGGGCUGGUUUACACCUGUACUCUGCAGGGGCUCUUUGGCAUCUUGGAUGGGGCAAUUGUGCAGAGAAGGGGCACAAUUGUGCAGAGAAGGGGCACACCUGCCCCUUCUCAUUUAAGCUUAACAAAAAUUACCUAAAAGCCACUGUAUCCAAUACAUAUUUCAGUCACUGCACUGAUCACAUUGUCAUCUGUUUAUGUGCCUCUAACCUUAAUCAGACUGUACUAUUUAGGAGAUUCCCCAGUGUCUAUCCCAUAAUAGGAAUUAAGGAUUGGUGACUAAAGAAUGAAUAUAAGGAAGAGAAGAGAGGAAGGAGAGAAAAGAAACAGACCACCUACUUUAUAGUCACUGGUGUUCAUCAUUCCAAUCAGUUCAACACACAGUAGUUGGAAUCUUUUUCUCUUUUAAACUUUUAAAACUAUAUGUACCUUACUACUUCAAAUUCUUGAGUCCAAGCACUCCUGUGAGUUCCCCUCCUGCAGUCCUCUCCUCUCCCCUCUCCUAUUAAUCACUUCUCCCAUCUCCUAUUCUGUCCUGCUUCAUAUUCUCCUCUUGUCUGGGACAGCUUUCAGAUUUCCCUUCAGUGCCAGAACAUGCCUUUUUCCUUAUUCUUCCCUGAUCAUGCCCCAAGCACCCCAAGUCUCCACGUGAGUUCUGCCUAUUCCAAGAAAUACUGUAUGCUUGGAAUGUAUCUAUCUGAUUGGUUUCAUGGAAAAUCAGGAUUCUACCGUGAGUUUUAAUCAGUCAUUUAUUAAACUUAGAAAGAAAUGUUUUAGAGGAAGAAGUGCCUUCAGUGAUGUAUGUAAUUCUGAGAGUUCAUGCAGUUUUUUGUUUUUUGUAGUUCAAGUGAAACCAGAUUACUGACGUCAUACUGAGUUCAUCUUCAUGAGGUUGACAUGUAAGAUCAACCUAUAGCAAACCUAGUUUACAACUUUAAGAAAUAGUUUUCUACACAAACAUAAUCUCAAUGUUACAAGUCAGCAAUCUUUGGAACUGUUAAACAGACCUUAAAACAUUAGAGAAAAGCUCUUUACCUUUUGUAAUAAUAGAUAUCAACAGGAACGCAAUAUAAUUAUGUGAUAACUUGUUUGUGUAUGUUUGCUAACAUUCUGUCAUGUAUUCUAAACAAAACCAAAUGGUUCAUCUAGUGCUUUACAUUUUCAAAAACACUGUUAAAGCUUAAGGUAUUUGAUCUCAAUUUAAUGUUACAGUGAUGAAAUAUAUCUAUUAAAAAUAGUAUAUAUGACAUAUAUGUAUGUAUGUAUAUAUACAAAUACAUAUAUUAUAAAUGGGAAAAAACACCCUGCAUUUUAUCAUCCAGAUUAUGAAAUUGCCAAUUAAUUUUCAUCAAAGCUGAUUUAAAGAUGUGAGGCUUAUAAUUUUUAAUUUGAUAUCACAUUUCUAAACUUUUUAAACUAGGUGUUGAUUUAUUCUUUCCCCAUUUAUAUGUGAUUUACAGUUUAUAGAACACUUUUAGGUGAAUGACUCCAUUUAAUCUCUACAAAACCUCAGUGAGGUCAGAAUUAAAAUCCCCAGUUUGCACACCAGGAGGUUGAAGCUCAGAACCGUUGACUUGGCCAUGCAUCUAUUCAACCACAGUCAGGACUGAACCCAGAUCUUCUCAUACACCUUUUUACUAUGAAAAAGUUGUGGGGAAGGAAGCAAUAUCAUAAAUUCUCUGAUGAGUUAUGAUUCAUAAUUAUAUAAUGCUUUACCUUUCCAGAAUGGUUAUUUAAUAGGGGACUUCUAGAGGCAAAAAUACUAAACCUAAAGAUUAAGCUCCUAGAUAUGAUUCCAGGUACGACAAGCCUGUGAGAUACUUUGAAAAGGGCAAGUGUCCCUUUCCACAGAAGCUGAAUUCCUAUCGUGUAAGUGAUGUAUCACAUGAGUCCCAUGCAGGCAAUCUAGGGAUUGCAGUGAUCUAGUCCCUAAAUUGGUUGGGUUCUUGAAAACUCUCAGGGGAAAUAAAUCAUUACUUGGGGAAUUUAGGUCCUUGUGGGGGAAAAGAGUGUUGUAGAGGCCUUGAACUGCUGUGUAGGUGUCUAGGUGAGUCUAGUGAGAAGUUGGGCUUGGGCUUCGUGGUGGCUCUCCUACCUUCACUGUUCCACGGGCCUCAAAUUCCUUUAGCGGUGGGCUGCCUGACCUUGCCCUCGGCCUUCCCUGCCAGCCGGCCCCACUGAGGGCAUCUCUCCCCACACUCUUGCCCCUCCCUCCAGGGGCAGCUGCUGUUCCUCGUUGCUGGUCCUGGGCUCUCGGGGCAGGGAUUCUCUGACCUAGGUGGUCUUUGCACCAGGCAUUGAGGAUGGGGCUUUCUCAGUGUUCCUGUCAGUUGUCCGCUGCAAUCUCUGCCUCGUAUCUGUGGUCAGUCUUGAGCUAGUGUUUCCUGCCUCUGCCCCAGGGGUAGGAAGGAGCCCUCUGUUUGCUGUUGAUAUAGGAUUCCCCUCUGGCCUUCUACCCUGCUUCCAUCUUCCACAAAAGUGCCUGUGAGUGUGAACUUCUUGUGUCUGGAGUCCCAGACUAUUCCAGACAGACAUCUUAGCCCACAUUUGGCUUUCAUCAGUUCAUUAAGAUUUUGGCUGAUACCUUACCAGCUGGUAUGGUGGUGACGUUUCCAGGCCCUGCCACAGAUGAGGGAGUUCUGUGGCCCUUCUCUCCUUGGAAGGGCUGGUUACUCUUUGGAAAUCAGAUUACUUGACUGCCUUGUGACUCUGCUCUCUGAUGGGCGCAUAGUUACCAUUUUGACAUUUAUCUGGCUUUUCCUCAUUGUGAUGGGCAGACAGUUUGUGCAGCGUUAUCUUAAGCGUAAGGCCAGGCUUAUUUAAACAAAAUUUCCCUUAUUCCUCCAGCCGGAGGAUAUCUUUUCCUCCUCUGAGCUUCCAUAGGUCUUAAAUGGUACCCUUGUUAAGUACUUACACUUUUAACCUGUAAUAUCUGUAUAUCUUAUUUCCCCUAAGCUUUAUGAGGUCUUGUCCUAAUAAUUUUUCCAUCCUCAACAAUGCCUAGUGUACAGUAUUUUACACACAGCACAAACAGUCAAGUGUAUUAGUGGGUAAAGGGCUUUGACUGGAAAUGGGUGGGGAAGUCCUGAGGAGGUGGCUGGUUAGAAAAUGAGGUCAUUGUUCUAGAAGCAGAGGGAGGUAAGAGUAGAUGUGGCUUUUCUGUCUUUAUGUAACUUUUCUUAGCAUGUGAGCGUUUGUGUGGUAUCCACGUCCAGAAUUAGACACCUGAUCCGAGUUUACAGAAAAUCAGCCGCUAAUGUAGGAGGAGACCCUGGAGGACACUGUUCUUUGGAAAAGAGCUGGACCCAUGAAGACACGUUUCCAAAGUUUUGACUUGAAGCAAGUAUGUUCUUGUAAGGCAAAUUCUCCUCUUCCUGCAGAUUUCAUGAUAUUAGGUAAAUGCUUCCCCAAAGAGAGAAUCCUCAGUAAAGUAAGCAGAUGUGAAAACGUCUGAUGAGGUUAGACGUGUGAGUGACAAGCAGAACGCUGAGUGCAGAAGAUGAUGUUACAGCAGUUUUCUAGCUCUAGGGGUUUCUGUGUGUCAUCAGUUGUCUUGACCUUCUAAGCCAUGGUUUUUUUCCUCCUGCCUGAGGAUCCACUGAGCCCUACUUCUGGAACCAGAGCUGUCUAUCUGCUGCUCUUCUGGGGGAGAAGUGGUCAGAAGGAAUGGCACAAGAGAAGAAACCAGAAUGUGUGAAAGAGCCAGAAAGAACAUCUACAGUUUCCCAAGAACCUAAACGGAUGGAAAAAUCUACGGACACAGAGGAGGACAACAUAACUGCACCGCAGUUUAGCAACAAAACCACGCAGUUCCCGUCGGUUCAUGCUGAGCUGUUCUCAGAGCCUGAGGGCGCCCCUGAAGCAGCUCGUGCUCCUUCGAAACCGACCGCCCCUGAGAAUGCCACCCCGGCCUCACCGCCGUCGCCAGCAGCUGUCUCACCCGAGCUGGCCUAUGUCCCUGCUGACCCAGCUCAGUUUGCUGUUCAGAUGUUAGGUAAUGUUUCUCCGGUUCAUUCGGAUCACUCUGAAAUUUUAGUGGUGGACGUGGCAACAAGUAUGCCCGUUUUUCCCGAGGAGAUGCUGAGCUCAGAGGCUGCUGAAGAUGAUGUGGUGGCCACUCCUGUGCAUUCUGGAGAGAUGGCAGCAGUGCAGGUUCUGAGCGAGACAUCUGUCCAUGUAGAUUUGGGUCCUAAACCUAAACACCAUAAGGCUGAACCACCAAUGGCUUCCUCAUUCCCCUUGCAGGAUGAACAAGAACCUCCUGCUUACAGUCAAGCUCCUCAGGUCCCUUUGCAGGCUGCUAUUGAGGUGACAUCCACCACGCACAUAGCAUCUAUCGAUAAAGAUGAGCCUGUGAUCGAAGGAGCUACUAAUGUUGAGCAAAUACUGGAACAAACGGUUAUCCCCUUUUCUGAUCAUGUUGCUUGUCUUAAAGGAAAUGAGCAGUCACCACCCCUUAGUCCCAUACUUGUAGUAGGCGAGACAGCCUCACACGGGUCUGAAAAAUCUGUGGGUUCUGCAAACUUUGUGCAGUUGGAGAGUGCAAAAUAUGACUCCUCAGUACAUGUGGAGGCAGACGGCUCUGCCACAACAGUGAGCUCUGAAAUAUCUGUGCACAUUGAAGUGGACAUCUUUGCGCUCGCCCCUGGCAGUGCUGGGCAGGAGGACUCAUGGGAAAACCGUGCGUCCCAGGAGACGGAGGUCAAACCCGCGCUCUCAGGGGAAGCCGCACAAGUAGUGCGCUCAGCAAUAGCAGCAAGCGAAGCAGGACAACCACCACCAUAUUCUAACAUGUGGACCCUUUAUUGUCUAACUGACAUGAGUCAACAAAGUCGCCCGUCACCACCACCUGCACCUGGGCCUUUCCCCCAAGCAACCCUCUAUUUACCUAAUUCUAAGGAGCCACAGUUUCUGCAGCACCCACCAAAAGUUGCUUCUCCAACUUCCGGGAUGAUGGACAGCAAGACGACCAGUGCCCCGCCUUUCAUUUUAGUGGGCUCAAAUGUUCAGGAAGCACAGGACUGGAAGCCUGUUCCCCAGUCAGAUGCCUUGAAGAGAUACACUGCAGUGCAAGUCCCCAUUGCUGUUCCUGCAGAUCAGAAAUUCCAGAAACACACCCCCAAUCCCCAGAAUGCUAAUCCUCCUACAAGUGGACAAGAUGUCCCCAGACCACAAAGUCCAGUUUUUCUUUCUGUUGCUUUCCCGGUAGAAGAUGUAGCCAAAAAACGUUCAGGAUUUGGUGACAAAGGUACUCCCUGUGGAAGUUACGGUAUCGCUGGAGAAAUAACUGUGACAACUGCCAAUGUUCGCAGAGCAGAAACUUGAAACUGGCAGGUGCCGAAGAUGACACUGUUUGAGCUGACCUUCACGGUGGAGUCUGCCACCGAGCGUAAUAUAUCAAUAAACUUCAUGCAAGCAUAAAA